GAGAGCACAGGGGGAUGUGUCAAGUCAGUGCUUUCUGAAAGUUUGAACUGAACUGCACACACACGCGGACAAGCAAAUACCACGGAGAACACACACACACACGCAGGGACACUCGUCAUGCACAUACUCAGCCUGACCCUAACACACAUACAGAUGGACGGACAGAGCUGAAAGUUUAAGCUUGCAUACAUACACCCACACUCAGAAACACACACGAGUGCUGAAUUACGGUCAGUAUGAGUGGCGUGUCUGAGACUGCUGUGGUCAGUAGACCCUCGACCACCAUGAAGCGACACAAGAGUGUCAGGAAGAACUCCAGGCGGAUUUACUCAUCUUAUCAAGACAACCAGCCAGGCCAAUCAGAUGAGGAGGGCAAGGAGGAUGAGCAUGCGGACAGCAACGACCCAGAGCAGAUGUUUCAGAACAUCCAGUUUCAGAAGGAGAUCAUCGCCAACAUACGCACCCGAGCCUGGCCUAUGAGACGCAAGCUCAAAGCCCUCAAGCAGGCCAGAGAGAUUGUCCUGAAGUACGAGGGGAGGCUAACAAGAACAAGAGGGUACCAGGCUGCUGGGGCUGAUCUGCUGAAGAAGGUCUCCAGGUUGCUGUACAACAUCGUGGUUCUGUUUAUUCCCUGGGAGAUGAGGAUCAAGAAAAUAGAAAGUCACUUUGGGUCAGGGGUGGCCUCCUACUUCAUCUUCCUCAGAUGGCUGUUUGGUAUUAACAUAGUCCUUACUGUCAUGACUGGAGCAUUCAUAGUUAUACCUGAGCUCCUGGCCGGAGAGCCGUUCGGAACAACCCGGAGUAAGACCAUUCCCAAGGAGCACCUGGCCUCAGCCCAAGAUCUGGACACCAUCUGGUCUCUUGGGGGCUACCUCCAGUACUCGGUGUUGUUCUAUGGGUACUAUGGCCCGGUGAGGAAGCUCGGCAGUGCCGGCUAUCGUCUCCCCCUGGCCUAUUUUCUGGUUGGGAUGGCUGUUUUUGCCUACAGUUUCAUCAUUCUGUUAAGAAAGAUGGCUAAGAACUCCCGUCUGAGCCUAGCCAGUGCCUCUGACGAGAACUUCACCUUCUGCUGGAGAGUGUUCUGUGCCUGGGACUACCUCAUAGGGAACCCUGAGGCUGCAGAGAGCAAGGGAGCCGCUAUCGUCAACAACAUCAGGGAGGCCAUUGUUGAGGAGCAGGAGAAAAAGAAGGAUACUAGUCUAGCAGUCCUGAUCAGUCUGCGAAUCCUAGCCAACAUCCUGGUCCUUCUCUCUCUGGCUGGCAGCAUUUAUAUAAUCUACUUUGUGGUGGACCGCUCCCAGAAACUAGAGCAGGAGAAGCCAGAGCUAACUCUAUGGGAGAAGAAUGAGGUGAGUGUGGUGGUGUCCCUCAUCACCAUGAUCGCCCCGUCUGCCUUUGAGCUGGUGGCUCAGCUGGAGAUGUACCAUCCUAGGACCUCCCUCCGCUUCCAGCUGGCCAGAGUCCUGGUGUUGUAUCUGGGUAACCUGUACAGCCUCAUCAUUGCCCUUCUGGACAAGGUUAACAGUAUGAGUAUGGCGUCAGCUGCUGCAGCUGCGGCGGCCUCUGUUGUUUCGGGGAACUUGUCUGACUCCACGGCAUUCAUGGCGACUAUCUCCCAGCCGGGGGAGACGAGCCUCUCCACCCUCGUAUCUGACAUCUCCAUAUCUGAAAACCGCAACAGCACCAUAGCGACCAUCGCCAUGGUGCUGGAUGUCAACACCAGCAUCAGCACUAGCAAGGUCACCAUGGCAACCAUGUACAACCACACUGGGAUGUUUGAGCAGAACAAGCAGAAGAAACCGGACGAGUGCUGGGAGACCUACGUUGGACAGGAGAUGUUGAAGCUGUCUAUCAUCGAUAUGAUCUUCACGGUGGCCAGUAUCCUAUUGAUAGACUUCAUCAGAGGGCUGGUGGUCAGGUACCUGAGUGACUGCUGCUGCUGGGACCUGGAGAGCAAGUUUCCUGAGUAUGGGGAAUUCAAGAUAGCUGAGAAUGUACUCCACCUGAUAUAUAACCAAGGAAUGAUCUGGAUGGGUUCGUUCUUCUCUCCCUGUCUGCCUGCCUUCAACGUGUUGAAGCUGAUAGGCUUGAUGUACCUGAGGAGUUGGGCUGUGCUCACCUGUAACGUCCCUCACCAACAGGUGUUCAGAGCAUCCAGAUCAAAUAAUUUCUACCUGGCUAUGCUGUUGUUCAUGCUUUUUCUGUGUAUGCUGCCCACCAUCUUUGCCAUAGUGAGAUACAGACCUUCCCAACACUGCGGGCCAUUUAGCGGUCAGGAGAAGAUUUAUGACAUAAUCUCAGAGACGAUAGCCAAUGACUUCCCGGUGUGGUUCAGUAAAGUGAUGAGUUACGUCACCAGCCCUGUCGUAGCGCUGCCCGCUCUGCUGCUGCUGUUCAUGUUGAUCUACUACCUUCAGGCCAUUGCCAGAUCCCUUAAAUUCACCAACAACCAGCUGAGGAUGCAGCUUCAGACUGAGAGAACAGAAGACAAGAAGAAGGUAUUACAGCUGGCUUCAGCGAGGCUACAGGCCCCAGAGGUCCCCGGGGAGGACAGGAAGCCUGACCAGCAGGAUGGUGACAUCACCAGCCGCGAAUCGUCCAUUCGCACGCCGUCGCCACGACCCAACGGCAGUGUCACAAACUUCCAGUCGCCCGAUCGUCGCGGCAACGGCAUCCGCACCAUCACCCAGUCGGCAUCGAGGGCCGAGACAGCUAGGGCGACAUUUGCUGCUGGGGCGUCUAGAAGUCCAACAGUGUCCAUACUGCACAAGCAAAGGCUGGAGAACAUCCCUAACAGACACCCUUCCUACCUGGGAGGCCCUAGCGGUACCUGCAGGUCCAAGUCCUACCACCAUGUGGCGUACAACCCCCCGACACGCUACUCCUCAGAGAACAUCCACUCCGACCCAAUCUACAGGAAGACCAUCAGGCCCAUGCACUCCGCAGAGGCAGCUGGGAUAGUGACCGCCCAGAGCUACGUGGGCCGUCGCCCCUACACCACGCGCUACGUUAUCGUCAACGAGCACGAAGCUAGGAAAAAGUUGCUUCGAUCAGCCACACGCGUCCCUCGCCACUUCCGAUCGGAGGACCCGGUGGGUGAAAUCGUGGAGCUGAUCCCGCGGAAUAUCAAGCGGUAUACUCCAAGGGCUCCGCAUCUGCAUGGGCACCCACAUAGGUCGAAUCCGCCGCAGUCACACCUGAGUGAUGAAGAGGAGGAGGAAGAGGCAGGGGGGAAGAGGGAGUCUAGGAGGGGGUCGUUCGGGCAGACUCACCGGCCCCGCUCACUCUCCGACCUCCACCAGCCGGCUCGCUUCUACAUCGGAGAGCGCCUGGAGACCAAGCUAUCUAUGGCGUCAAAAGACAGCCACACUGCUAGGGGGCGCUACAGCAGUGAAGCCCAAAAAGCGGACUGGGAGGAUAUGGAGACGCGCUUGCACUCCCUCUCCGAGACCAGCAUCAGAGGAGCAGAGCUUCCACCACCAGUCAGGCACACACAGUCCCCAGACAGACACACCCACUCCCCGAGCAGACCUGUACACUCAUCCCCCCAGGGCCCUGGAAGACGCCUGGAGCCCCAGGUCAAGCCCAAGACAUCCAGGUCCAAGCUGGAGCCUUCCCUGACUGAGUCGGACUCGGCCUCUCUGGCCUCCAGUAGCGACCAGCAGAACAGCAGCACAGACCAGUACAUCCAGGUCAUUCACAACAAGGAGAAGUAUCUCAAGUCUGAGGCAAGGCAAGGCAAGCUGGCUAAGAAGAAGUCCAAAGCCAGUAUAGAUCUCAAUGUGCCUGGGUCCAAAGACCUGGUCUGCUCCAACGUGUAGUUGGUGUAUUUCUAUUGUGAAUAUAUCUAGGUUUAUUUAACCUUUAUUAAUCCAUGUAAGUUAUUGACAGUAGUGUAAAGUACUUAAGUAAAAAUACUUUAAAGUACUACUUAAGUAGUUUUUUGGGGUAUCUGUACUUUACUUUUACUCCACUACAUUCCUAAACAAAAUAACGUGCUUUUUACUCCUUAC